UUUGACCCCCUAAACUAACUCCCUAAACAAAACCCCUAUAAAAACUUGGAAACACAAUGCAGAUUUAUGAUUGUUCAUUUUUCCAAAAUGGAUUGAUUUUCUGGACAAACUUCAAUUGAUCAAUUAGCUUUGAUAAAUUUGUCGGCCAAGUUCGCGGAGGUCAGGAGGAAAAUUCUCUUCAUAUUUUGAACUACAUAUACAUACCUUUGAGAAUUUCAAUAUUUCAAUUUCGAUUUUCGAAAACGCCAUGUGGUAGAUGUGAUAAGUUUUUUAAGUUUUUACUCAGUCGGUUUACCGGCUGUGCCGAUAAUGUCGACGCAACGAUGAAGAAAGUGGCCCUUAUAAAUAAAAAAUAAAUAUAUACACGACGAUCGAAAAAAGUAACUAUUACGCGAAUGAACGAUGGAUUGAAUAUCCGAAAUUUUUCGGCGAAUCGAGAGGUUUUUGAAGUAUAUUUUACGACGUUUAUUCAAUUUGAUAGAUCUUAUGGAUUAUUGUGUGGCUGGUGCGGAUUUUAAUGACAAUAUUUCAUAGCCUAGGCACAUUACUAAAAAAUGGAGCAAAUUUUAUGUGGGAAAUUUGGACACAGCAUUCUGCUGUUAUCCAAGACAUCCCGCUAUCCCGUCACAAUUAUCAAUACUCGAAAUUUGAUGUCAGGUAGACUCGGCAGAUAUUGCAGGCCUAUAUUGGCCUCACCUCAGUCGAGACUCCUGAUCAAUCCUUAUCGAAGCUAUGGUAUGCUAGUCGCUCGAGUUUUAAGGGGAGCAUUGAAACUACGGUACAUUGUACUUGGAGGAGCCGUCGGAGGUGGUGUAACAGCACAAAAAAAAUAUGAAGAAUGGAAAGAUGGUCUCCCGGAUUUGGGUUGGAUGGGAGACUACAUGCCUACAGAGGAACAAUGGCAAACAUUUAGGAGUUCGAUGUCCGUCUUCAAGGAUUCUCUCGCAGACAAAGUUGGUAAAGUGGAGAUAGAUCCGCGUAUCAAGGAACUGGGUGAGGCGAAGUAUCAGCAGUACAGAGCAUGGUUUCAGCAACGUUUGGACGAUGCAAUCAAGGCAGCGGAGAGUCGAAGAAUCGAAGAUGAAAAUAACAAUUCGUCCGAGAGUGCGAAGAGUGAAUUGUCCAAAAAUUCCGUCGCCUUUGCUCGGCCCUUAUUCAACGAGAACGCCGAUACCGAACGCAAAAAAUCACAAGCAGCACAGCAACGAUUGGAUUCGAUGCAAGACGAGGUUAUGCAAAUACAAUUAAAGUAUCAACGUGAGCUCGAACGUUUGGAACGCGAAAAUAAAGAAUUGAGGAAACAAAUGUUACUAAGAGGAAAUCAGAAAAUAAACAAUCGUAAAAUCAAGAAAUCUUUGAUCGACAUGUACAGCGAUGUGUUGGACGAAUUAAGCGACUACGAUAGCGCGUAUUCAACGGCGGAUCACUUGCCCCGUGUCGUUGUCGUGGGAGAUCAGAGUUCCGGGAAAACGUCCGUACUGGAAAUGAUAGCUCAAGCUAGGAUAUUUCCCAGGGGCGGCGGUGAAAUGAUGACAAGAGCUCCGGUAAAAGUGACGCUGAGCGAGGGCCCUUAUCACAUCGCUCAAUUCAAAGACAGCUCAAGGGAAUUCGAUUUGACAAAAGAGUCGGAGUUAGCCGAGCUUCGACGAGAGGUUGAGUUCCGAAUGAAAAACAGCGUAAAAAACGGGAAAACCGUGAGUCAGGAUGUGAUUUCAAUGACGGUUAAGGGGCCAGGAUUACAACGCAUGGUUCUGGUCGAUCUGCCUGGAAUAAUAAGCACGGUCACGGUCGAUAUGGCGGAAGAUACUCGGGACGCGAUAAAACAAAUGACUCAACAAUACAUGAGCAAUCCAAACGCGAUAAUUCUCUGUAUACAAGAUGGAUCGGUGGACGCGGAGCGAAGUAACGUCACGGAUUUGGUAGCGCAGAUGGAUCCGACUGGAAAGCGUACUAUUUUUGUUCUCACGAAAGUCGACAUGGCCGAAGAGAAUCUCACGAACCCUGAUCGCGUACGAAAAAUUCUGUCAGGAAAGCUAUUCCCGAUGAAGGCGUUGGGAUACUUCGCCGUGGUGACUGGACGCGGCAGAGCGGACGACAGUAUCGACACGAUCAAGGAUUACGAGGAGAAAUUCUUCAGAAACUCAAAAUUGUUUAAGGACGGUCUGGUAAUGUCGGGGCAGGUGACCACUCGAAAUUUGAGUCUCGCGGUAGCCGAGUGCUUCUGGAAAAUGGUACGAGAAACCGUGGAACAACAGGCGGACGCGUUCAAAGCAACGAGAUUCAAUUUGGAGACCGAGUGGAAAAACAAUUUUCCGCGUUUGCGGGAACUCGACAGGGAUGAACUUUUUGAAAAAUCGCGGGUUGAGAUACUCGACGAAAUAGUUAACUUGUCGCAACUGUCACCCCGUCAUUGGGAGGAAGUUUUGAUGUCGAGAAUAUGGGAAAAAGUGAGCAUGCACGUUUUCGAGAAUAUUUAUUUGCCGGCUGCACAAACUGGCAAUCCGAGCACGUUCAAUACCACCGUUGACAUCAAAUUGAAACAAUGGGCGGAACAGCAACUGCCGGCUAAGAGCGUCGAGAGUGGCUGGGAGUGUUUGAAACACGAGUUCGAAAAUUUGAUGAAUCGGGCGAAGCAGAGUCCUGAUCACGACGACAUAUUCGACAAUUUGAAAAAUUCCGUCGUCACUGAAGCGAUGAAACGGCAUUCUUGGGAAGAAAAAGCUUCGCAAAUGCUCCGAGUUAUACAACUCAACACUCUCGAAGAUCGGAACGUCAAUGACAAACGUGAUUGGGACGAAGCUGUCAGAUUUCUCGAGACUUCGGUGAAGGAUAAACUCCAGAGCACCGAGCAAAUACUCAAAGAAAUGUUGGGGCCCUCGAGAAAAGAGCGAUGGUUGUAUUGGCACAGUCAAACGACGGAACAACAGCAAAGAACCUCCGUUAAGAAUGAGCUCGAUAAAAUUCUCUAUUCCGACAAAAAGCACACGCCAACAUUGACCCAGGAUGAAUUGACGACCGUAAGAAAAAAUCUGCAACGCAACGGUCUCGAGAUCGACAACGAAUUCAUACGAGAAACGUGGCAUCCGGUUUACCGAAGAUUUUUCCUCCAGCAGAGUCUGUCCAGGGCUUACGACUGUAGAAAAGCAUUUUUCAUGUAUCACAACGGUCACGAGAACGAGACCGAGUGCAACGAUCUCGUUUUGUUUUGGCGUAUACAACAAAUGCUCAAAGUCACGUCAAAGGCGCUCCGUCAACAAAUUAUGAAUCGCGAAGCACGCAGGCUCGACAAAGAAAUCAAAGAAGUGUUGGAGGACUACAGUCAGGACAGUGAAAUUAAGGAGAAAUUACUAACCGGUCGACGCGUCACGUUGGCCGAAGAGUUGAAAAGAGUUCGACAAAUACAGGAAAAACUUGAAGAGUUCAUACAAGCGCUCAACAAGGAAAAGUGAGUUUGAUGGAAUAACCGAAAAGGGAGACGAUUUGUAAGGAAAUAUUUAAAUUCUGUCGUAUGCCAUAAACGUGUAUAAAUGCUGCGACCGAAAAAGAGCCCUGGUGGUUUCUUACGCACUUACGAUUAUUACGAAAUCAGGAUGAACAGGAAAUCGUGACUCAUCAGUCCUGCGAGACAUCCGAGUUUAGUCGAUUGAACAAUUUUCUUAAGCAACUAAAUCGUCAAGAGCCACACGCUCUUUUCAAGAACGAAUAACAGUACGAGUCAGUAUCUUGCUCCACGAUAUUUCGAGCUCGUUGAUCGUGCAAACCAAGAUUUUUCAUCCCCCUCAUACGACGAGAAAAAAGUGUAGUAAAGUAUCUACGAAUUCCCCGUCACUUUUGAGAUGAUUGGAUGAACAGAGUACGAUUUUUCAUCGACGAUAAGUAUCGAAAAAGAAGGAGUCAUGCCUCGAGUAGAAAAAUGUGAUGAUCGAAUUGUGAGUCUUUGCAUCUCGCAUGUACGCUCUAAGAAAAAUAAACAAUAGAUGAAUUUAUCUCAA